ACGCGCUCAAACGUAUACUUAGCGCGCAGUAAAUCAGGUCAAGAUAGUCGUCAAGGGGGCUAGGAAACUUUUGAAAUUUGGAUGCAGUGAGCGUAGAUACGGGAACGGGUAUGGGAGAUAAGACUCUAUGGGUGUAACCCGAGUGACUCGGACACGCGGUAGGCUAUAGCACAGCGUAGACAUGGCAUGAGUCGGCAUAACCUCGCCUGGGAUGAGUUCUCAUAUGUGUGGAAGCUUGUGUUAUAUUUAUGCGUCAUACCUAAAGCUCAACGUUCGCCAUGGACGCAACAGACACAGAUCCCUCUAUCAAAGUCAAAGUAUCCCCAACCCAGAGUGCAUACUUUGCAGGCGAACCAUUCACCGUCGCAAUCACAUUCACUAAUACCCGCCCAAACAAUACAACACCCAUCUCAGCAGUGUCAGCACCUGCACCAGUUCAGAAAUCACACAGGCGAAAUGCGCAUUCUAUAAGUUCUGCCCCGCUUGCAAGGCCUCCUACGUCUCCUGGCUUGAGCCCACGUCCACCAGAUUUCGUUAGAGCGCUUGGAAUUGGCAUUGGUGAAGAGGGAAGGAAGGGUUUAAUUGGAGCAGUUGAUGGGAAGGGGAAAGGCAAGGAAGUGCUUGAAGCCAGCCGUAGUGCAUUGGAAAAGGCCAAGCGCAGUGCUAGCGUGGAUAUUCCUGCUAGUGAAGAGUAUGUACAAGCUUAUGAAGUAGAUUCAGUAACACCACGCACGACCUUCCCCAUACCCCAGAACCACCCGCACGCACGCAAACAAUCAGUAUUUGACGGUCACCUCCAGUUAACUGAAGUACAGCCCCCCUUGAGCACAUCUACAUCAACGCUAGACCCAAUCGCAGAAACGCCCGCUCCCCUCACCCAUUCAUACCCCCCUCGCAAACAACCACACCAGGCACUUGGCCAUGGUCACCCACCCAUCCCAAUCCCUCAUUCUAACACCACCAAGCCCCUCCCCCCAAACACAACACUCCUCCUCUACUCAUACGCCCAACUCUCAGGAACAGCACACGUCCUCCCACAAACUACACCGGCAGCCGUAUCCAACCUCCGCGCACAUCUCCUCAAAAGGCCCGUUUUGGGAGGGGGAAGCAUGGAUAUCGCCCGUACACGCAGGCCUCAUUCGCGUUCUACUAGUCUUACAGGUUCCCUAUUGAAUUUAUUGAGUCCUUCCAGUUACACUCCUUCAGUCGGGAGAUCAAGAGCCCCUUCUCUCACUUCCCAAAGCGAUGCGUCUAGUGCAGGCGUUGGUUUGGGGCUGGGUUUGAGUGUCGGAGCAGCUAAUUCCGUGGAAGGAGAAGAAGAAGAGGUUCCACUCCCUGUAUUCGAAGUACAACCUGCCAUGCUGGCUGUCGAUCUCGCCUUGAGUCCAGGAGAAAGUAGGACUUACACAUACACGCUCCCCCUCCCCUCAACCCUCCCUCCUACAUUCAGAGGCCGCAUGAUCCGCUUCUCAUACGAACUUGUAGUCGGUACGUGCCGGAGGGGCGAUAGUAGCGGAGGUACCGCCACUUCUGUCGGCGUGACAGUGAGCAGAGUAAUGAAAGUCCCUAUCAGGGUGUAUAACUGGGUCAGCGUCAGCAAACCACAACGCCCCUACGACCUCCUUCUCCCCGUGCGUACACGCGGCGGCGGCAAAGUCAUAGAUCUAGGCAGCGCGAGUGGAGACGCAAAGAAAGGCUUGUCCUCUUCCUCGUCGACACCUUCACCGACUACAUCACCCUGUGGCUCCCUUGACGACCUCCGCGCCUAUGGUGAGAGGCUACUCGAGACAUUCCCUGCGGAGGGGUCGACGGGCGUGAGGAUUAAAGAGCCUGCUGAAAGCGUGCCUGAGAGUGUACCUUCCUCUUCCUCCUCCGGGCUUGCUUCUGGGAGUGGGAGUCAGGCAGUUCUGGAUCCUCUCAGGGCAUUCGAAAUAGAAAGAGAGAAAGAAGGAGGGGAGGGAGAACUAACAGGAUGUCGAGAAGCUGUCGAGAUUUUGACUCGAAAUCCCAAAAAAGUCUCGUACGAUGUGACAAAAGACGAUGUCAAAGUCGCUGUUCUCACAUUCACAAAGAGUGCGUAUAGGCUUGGGGAGACUGUUUUGGGCGUUGUGGAGAUUAAUGAGCGGGGAGGACGGGGGAAGGUGAUCUCGCUAAGCGCAACGCUAGAAACGAACGAAAGCCUCCCAGCCUCUCUAGGGACCACGAACACAAGUACAAGCACCGCGCGCCGCAUCCACGCAGAACACCAUGCCUCAUUCACAGGCAGCACCCUUCGCACCACAUUUGCACUUGAUAUACCCAGUGACGCAUGUCCCGGAUUCGGAAUUGUCUGUUCAUCUCUUCCCUUACUUGGGAACGGCCAUAUUAACGGGUCCGUGUCUGGGAACGGUACCGGAUCUGGACCUGGGAAGGCAGGGGGAUUAACGUGGAAAGUGCACCUGACACUACUAGUAGGUGUGACAACGCCGAACGCACGCGUGCGUGGGUUGACGAGGGAUGGAACACCUACUGCAUGGGGAAGUGCGUGGCGUGCCCCUGCGGGGAUUGCUCCUGAACAGCAAGAAGCGCCUGUUUCACCUGGGAGCACUGCGAAGGAGGUCAGCAAACAACCUCAGCAGCAACAGAGCUGGGCUUCGUACCUCAUGAGCUCGUUCCUUGGGACUGGGGAGAAGGAGUACCAUGAUGGGGAUGAUAUUGAUGAUGAUGAGGUUCCUGCUCAGAAUGGGGAUUCAGAGGGUGAUUGGAGGGAUGUGCAAGUUGAGAUUGUGGAGUGUGAAGUGCCGGUGGUUGUUUGGCCCGGGAACACGGCGUUCAGCGCUGUAGAUGUUGUAUUCGAGGUUUGACCUUACUCCUCUACGAUCGAGAUCAUGAUCUAGAUUCCGCGGAAGGAUCCGUACGCCCCACGGGGCCUUUGUGUGUCGGCGGUGGAAUAUUUAUCGAAAGGUUUUUCUUUGUUUGUAUGUAUGUUAUUAUUUUAAUUUAAAAAAAUGGCGUUCGUGAUCGAGCUCGUGACCCAU